GUCUCGUUGUCUUGGACCUUGCCCUUGCCCCUGCGGCUCUUGCCCCGUGCAAUUCGGCAUGACGAUCAUGCCGUUCGCAAUCUUCAUUGCCGCCUCCUUUAGUGGAGAUAGCAGUCUAUGUCUAGCGAGACGAAUUCGAAAUGGCUCUCUGCCUUUUCUCACUCGAGUUUCUCGUCUCGCUACUAGGUACACUGUUGUUAUCCAUUCGGUUGGUAUAUUCUCAUUUGUCUCCGGAAUCCAUGGGUCCCUGUGUGCUCGCGACGGGGUCCCUUAUUUGCUGGCUAAAUCCUUGCCGUCUGUGUCCUAUCGAGACAAGCGAGGACAAUUAGAAUGAAGCUCAAGUCGUCAUCCAUAAGUACUAGUGGGAAAGAACAUACCUUUAAUGUGUCACGGCUUUGGUAAUCCACGACACCCAUUAUAAUCACUGCAAGCAUCCGAGCCCACCGAUUAAAACAUGGUCAAUGUUACAGAUGCUGACCGGAUUGUCAUUGAUAGCGAGGACGAAGACGCCUUACGA